AUGACCAUAUGGCAUCCGCUUCUCGCCCAGAAUCAGAAGAUAAUUCUCGAUCUUGGUAAUCUAAUCGACGGAGAUAGGUACACGGGCUUUUUCAAUGUCACUUUGGAAGCGCUAUACUACGAUGAUAAGUACGCAGCAGGGUUCCGCCCAGCACAGCACAUCUACCCCAUUUCGGCUCAGUCCUCAUCAAACAACACCACUUCGCUAUUCUCGCUCCCAAGCGACAGUGGCUCGGUUGACUUGACUAUUCCACGAAACGCCAAGAAUGCUAUCGUUUCGGUUAUGGCCUCUGGAAAUGGCGCAGAGGAAUUCUGGUUCACCAAUGUACCGUCAGAGUAUGCUAACACGUUCCCGGGUAACGAGGAGUGGUUGUAUGGCUAUAGUCCGUUUCGCGAAGUCCAGGUACUUAUAGACGGGGAACUUGCGGGCGUGUCCUGGCCAUUCCCGAUCCUUUUCACUGGCGGGGUAGACCCGGGGGCGUGGAGGCCUAUCGUUGGCAUCGAUGCCUUUGAGCUACCGUCAUUCGAGAUCGACAUCUCUCCUUGGCUAGGAUUGAUAACCGACGGCCAGUCUCAUACUUUCCAAGUACGCGUUGUGGGAUUCGAUACUUCAGCAGAAGAUGGCAUUGGGCCCGUAGGCGAGAAUUGGUGGGUUUCGGGAUCUGUCUUUGUCUGGCUCGACGAUACGGUAGAGCAGACAAUCAUGCAGAACUUCAAGAGCAGCAUAACAACGCCAUCCUUUGACUUCCAUCCCGUUGUUGGCACUGCUAUUUCCGAUAACGGCACUGCGACCAAUACCUCGCUUUACUUCUCCUUGAUAGCAAGUCGGAAUAUAACGGUGUCUUCAAUCAUCGAAAGUGGGAACACCACCCGUGAGGUAGCCUGGACACAGAGGCUUUCAUUUUCUAAUAUUCAAAACAUGACAGACUUGGCGUUCAACCAGUCGCUUGCUAUGGUUGCGUCAGGGAGUUAUUCGGACUCGACUUCCAAUGUUGUCUCGCACCACACGUACCCCUUUAAUCUUUUCAGCGCAUACGAUGUAGCCUCUUCUGGAGCAACUUCGAAUCCCGGGUCUGUAUUUUGUAUGGCCGACCGAAGAGCGCAUACAUAUCUCUUGCGAUACGUGACGUCACGUCGUGAGCCGCGAGAAAGCCUUGACAGAAUCACUGUCUUUGCCGAUUACGAAGAAGUACAUCUAGACAUAGUAGCUGUACAUGGCCUGGGCGCACAUCCCUAUUAUAGCUGGAAGGCCAAUGCCCCCCCAUCUGACUCUUCUGGCGCGCCAGAAGGAGAUGAAGCACAAAUUAAUUGGCUUGAGCAUGAUGACUUCCUGAAGAAAGAUUUUAAGAACGUUAGGAUCCUCUCUUAUAGUUACAAUGCCGAUUGGUUCGUGGACGCCUCGCUCUCAACAGCGUCGCAGAAGGCUCUUACAUUUCUGGAGACACUCUCAGAGUUCAGGGAGAAGACAAAGAAAACGCCUCCUAUUCUCUUCAUCGGCCAUAGCUUUGGCGGGAUUCUGAUCAAAUACGCUAUCUACUCAGCACAUUCAGACUCGCGCUUCGGAGAUAUCAGUCGCGAUACAGCAGGGAUUAUCUUCUUAGGAACGCCUCAUCAAGGCUCUACCGUAUCUUGGAUAGGUGAGAUUCUUGCUCGACUAACCAUUCUCUCUGGGUCCGAUGCUACAUUGUUGAAACUCUUGAGUCACGGUAGCCCAGAACUCCUGGACUUGAAGAGGGAUUUUUCUGCUGCUGUAACAUCCAUCAUUAACCAGAAACCACUGCUGGUGUAUUCAUUCUAUGAAACACUACCAACAUUUCGUUACGGCGUAUCACUUGGUGUGAUUGUAGGGCCUCAAUCAGCUACUCUUGACUUUGGGAAGCAUAUACCAGUUAAUACAGACCACUCCGGCCUAAAUAAAUGCAAGACAAGAAAGGACGAUCUUUAUGUGAAAAUAUGCUCGGCUAUACAAAAUGUUAAAUCAAUCCUACAACAACAUUCCGGUAAGCAUAAUUAG